AUGACUGAGAAGUAUAAAGAUGAGUAUUUGACACUCAAUUUAAUAUUAUUAUGUGUGAUUUCUUUCACUUUUGGAAUAGCAGUUGGAGUUUUCACUAUUUUUUCAUACUAUUUAAUUUCCAAAAACUUAUCUACAAUAGAAUUUCAAGAACAAAGAUGGAAUUAUAGAGGUGGGAACGUAUAUGAAUUUGAUCGUAAUGGUAAACAAAAAAAAUUAGCAAAUAUUUUUGAUCUUGGUGUAAGAGAAAAUUUCAAACAAGUAUUAGGUGAAUCUUUACUAGAAUGGAUACUACCUAUCAACAUAAAUUAUAAAAUUGCAAAUUCUGGAUUUAAAAAUGGUAUUAAUUUCAAAGUUAAUGAAGAGGUAUAUAAAAAAUGGUGUGAAAAUGCAGAACUUCAAAAUCAAUUAAAUGAUCAAUUAGCAGAAUAUAAAAAUAGAGUAAGAAGAGAAAGAGAAGAAUAUGUGGUUUAA